AUGAAGAAGAUUAGCCAGGAAACGGGCAGCCCACCGUUGGACGAGACCAGGUGCUCAGAAAUGUGGAUGGAUCGAAUGAAGAAUAAGUUCAGGAUGCGCAAGGCCAAAAGGUCAUGGAAGCGCGCUCCACCAACUGUUGGUGACCCAGCACUGAUGGCGAGGUCAAGCACGUGGACGCUGUACGACGCCAUUACCCAGAAGCGAGUACUCUAG